CCGUUACUUUCCCAGAGUGGCGGGGAGGGCGACGUCAGGCGGAAGGGCGCGGGGCGCGCACGCUUUAAAUGGCAUUCGCUGUCAUCCGAGCCUGCAGCCGUGUGGGCAGAGGCGGGCUAUAUAAGCCGCUAGGCGGGCUGCCGCGGGGCACACGGCGACAGCGAAAGCGGCAGCAAGGAGCCUCUCGGAGCACCGCCAAGCAGCACAGCGCAUCCCCGCGCCCCCCGACGGGCCCGUCCGCCCGCUAUCCCUCUCCAGCAGCGCCGGCUCGGGCCAGCGAGGCCCGCCGCCACCCCUCAGCAGAUUUGGAUCCCCCGCCCGGAGAGCCCCAGGCUGUCGCCUCCCGGGGGGCCCCGGAGCCGCGGCCGCCCCCGGAGAGCCCGGGCGCUCCGCCGUCCCCCGGCCCCGCAGCCGCCGACGGCGCCAUGGCGGCCGCUAAGCCCGGCGAGCUCAUGGGCAUCUGCUCCAGCUACCAAGCGGUGAUGCCACACUUCGUGUGCCUGGCCGAUGAGUUCCCGCAGCCCGUGCGGCCCGCCAAGCUGCCCAAGGGCAAGGGCCGGCUGCGGCGGCCGCGCCAGUCCCGCUUCAAGACGCAGCCGGUGACCUUCGACGAGAUCCAGGAGGUGGAGGAGGAGGGGGUGUCCCCGAUGGAGGAGGAAAAGGCCAAGAAGUCGUUCCUGCAGAGCCUGGAGUGCCUGCGCCGCAGCACGCAGAGCCUGUCGCUGCAGAGGGAGCCGCUUGGCAGCUGCAAACUGAGGAACAGCCUGGACUCCAGCGACUCCGACUCGGCCCUGUGAGGCGGUAGCCCGCUUGGAGACUUGCUCCACCGCCAAGCGCCGGGAAACAGCGGGAGCAUCCGGAGGGGACCCGCGCCCCAGGCGGCCCCGACCACCCAGGAUCAGCUCCCCUCACUCACUGGGACUGUAGCCCAGCUGCGGACCCGCCGGGGCCCCGGAGCGCGUUCGGGAACGCCAGGGAGGGGAGCCGCUUUCUUUGCCCUUGUAAAUGUUUAUUUUUUAACUCUUUCCCAGUACGAACUCUGCUGUGAGUGUGCGCGGGAGGCGGCCGGCGCUGAGUCGCCUCGCCGGGGGUCGCCGCUGCAAAGGCCUUUGGUUUGCAACUCCUAUUCUGCACACCGCUCUACUGUGCCCCACCCCCAGCGCACACCCGUUCACACUCACGCCGACACUCUCGCUGAACACUUUUAUAAUUGUUGGGCUGACUGAGGGGACUUGGGGCGCAGCACGGCUGCUACUGCAGCCGAGGAUUGAUAUUUAUUUUUGCAUUGCAAUAGCUGAAGGCGUUUUAUUUAACGGUCUUUUUAUCUGGAUGUUGUCUGUGAGGCGUCCGAAUGGACACAAAUAAAGCCAAUAUAUUUACACUGUG